AUGCAGUCUUUUGAUCUAAAUCUGAUACUAUCUAUUGUGACAGAGGUUCGAACCCUUGACGAGUUGGUGGUCAUCUCGGGAGGCUGCGGUGUGUUCCAGUUGAUGUUGGUCGUGUGCACCUACACCUCGCAGAUCUGCGCAGUCUGGGGAAUGCUUUUCAUGAUCUUUGGGAACUACCACGGAGCUUGGCGCUGUGAGUCGGCCCUCGUUGACCCCAGCUACGCCACAAGCAGAGGACAACUGGACACCACCACAGCUUUAUCUGGUAACAUCACAACCCCUCCGUCUGAUACGAUAGACUCCGGAGCUACUUUCCUGUCCAACAUGAGUGGAGUUUCCAGUCUUAAAGAUAUCCCAGCUAGUGUUCUUUGGAAUGUAUCGGAUAUGGCCACGUCUGUGAUUAGAGGGUCUAACGAGUCAGUUUUUGUGCGACGUUGUCCAGGGGAGGGGGAGUCAUGCCGAAAGAUUGUGUACGAGGACUCUUCUGCAACCGCUGUCACCCAGUGGAACCUCAUCUGUGAUCAGUCCUGGGUCCAGUCCUUCAUCAUAUCAAUACAGAUGACGGGUGUUCUCCUCGGCUCCUACGUCAGUGGUUUCCUGGGUGACCGCUGUGGGCGUCGAGUCAGUCUCUACGGCAGUAUCUGUCUGCACGCUGUCUUCAACUUCCUCAUUGUCUUCUCGGAUUCUUGGCGCGUGUUCCUCGCCCUCCGUUUCUUGAUCGGUUUUUGUAUCGGUGGCGUCCUGACGUCAUACUUCCUGUACCCCAUGGAAUUUGUCUCCUCCUGGUGGCGCGCCGUUCUCGGAGCCCUUCCCGUGUGGAAUAUCGGGGCCGCCACUUUCUCCGUCAUGGUGUACCUCCUGCAGGACUGGCGACACAUCCAUCUCUGCACCGCUUUGCUCUCUCUCCUCUACUUCCUCCCUGUGUUUUGGGUGCCUGAGAGCCUUCGUUGGUUGGCAAUUCACGGACACACUGACAAGGCAAAGCGCUUGGUGGUUAGAAUCGCUCGAACAAAUGGUCGGCCCUCACCCCCGAUGUCGGUUCUGGCGAUGGUGUCCACGGAGGAGGUUCGCAGGGCUGCCAACAACCGGUUCUCUUACACUCUCAUGGAUCUAUUCGUCGAUCCGGUUCUCCGGAAAGUGUCUCUGGUCAUGGGCUUUGUGUGGGCGUGUCUGGCUCUUGUUUACUACUCGCUAAGCUUUGGCAUCAAGGCUCUCUCCGGGGACUUUUACGUCAACUUUCUUCUCUUCUCGGUUGCCGAGGUACCAGGCAUGCUGUUUGUCGCCCCGGCCUCCAAUAAGUUGGGUCGUCGAGUGGCCAGCGUGCUGUACUUCCUCCUUAUCGGCAGUGCCUGUAUCGCCGUGGUCUUCGUUUCUUUCCUCGCCCCCGAGGAGGUCAGAGGCCAAGCCAUCACCAUCUUAGCUAUGGUGGCCAAAGUGCACAUCCAGGCGGUGUGGAUGAUCGUGACCUUGUUCUGCUCCGAGCUCUAUCCUACCGUUGUCCGAAACCAGAGCAGUGGCUUUCUCAACGCAUGCGCGCGGCUGGGCGGUAUUGCGGCUCCCUACCUGAUACCAGGAAGCGAGGAGACGCUGUACAUCUCCUUCCUUGUCAUGGGCAUCUCGUGUCUGCUCUGUGGCCUCAUGCUGCUGACUCUCAAAGAGACAAAAGGAAACCCAUUAGAUGACGUCAUCAAAACCAGGCACAAGUUGUCGGUCAUAGCGGAAGAAACAGAGGAAGAUUUGUCGGACGACGGUCAGCUGUGAGAUAGAAAAAGUUUGUUAGCUAACUGCCAGCUGUGAAACAGAUGAAGUUUCGUUAGUUGAUUGCCAAGUAACUAUGAAACAGAUGAAGUUUUGUUAGCUGACUGUCAACUGAGACACCCGGAGUUUUGUUAAGUGACACCACUGGUCUGAUUGCCAACUGUAAGGAAACUUUGCUUGCUGAUUGU